AUGGCGGCUAGGGGGACUAUCCCCGCCCAUGCGCAGGCUUCGUUGCCGUCACUCCCUCCACAUUUACAGUCAGACACUCACUUGACCGCUCACCUGGCGAGUCGUUUCCACGUCUCUCUUCCAACGGCAAGGCUCUCGUCCCAAGCGUUGAUCUGCCUCAACACCUAUACUUCCAGCACACGAGGUCCCAAUGGUGAGAAAGAAGGAAGUGCCAGUGGGGAGGCUGAAGAUCUGGCUCGAAGGGCAUGGGCUAGGUUAGGAAGUCGUGCAGAAGACCAGGCCAUCGUCUUCUUUGGAGAGUCCGGCUCUGGCAAGACGACAGUUCGGUCACACCUCCUUGCCUCUUUCCUGUCCUUUUCCUCCACACCACUUUCAAACAGACUUUCUCUCGCGGCCUUCGUUUUCGAUACCUUGACAACCACCAAGACUACCACCACGCUAACUGCCUCCAAAGCCGGGCUUUUCUAUGAGCUGCAAUACGAUUCUUCAUCCACCAUUCCCACCCUGAUCGGAGGCAAAUUGUUGAAUCAUCGCCUGGAGAAAGGCAGGAUUUCUCAUGUUCCAACAGGCGAGAGAAGUUUUCAUGUCCUGUACUAUCUUCUGGCGGGGACAAGUGCGGCAGAAAAGUCACAUCUGGGACUGACUGGACACACGAACAUCACGACUGCAGGCACCGGCCUCGGUAGAGCUGCUUCGGUUUCGCAGAAGAGAUGGAGAUAUCUAGGGCAUCCCACACAGAUGAAGGUCGGCAUGAACGACUCGGAGGGAUUUCAGCAUUUCAAGACGGCCUUGCGUAAGCUCGAAUUCCCCAGAGCCGAAAUUGCGGAGAUAUGUCAAGUUUUGGCGGCGAUCCUGCAUAUUGGACAGCUCGAGUUUGGUACGGGCCAGGCUACAUUGACUGCAGCGGAAGAAAGCGGUGGAUAUUCCCACGAAGGCGGUGAGACAGUCACCGUUGUCAAAAACAUCGAGACGCUUGAACUGGUGGCCGCAUUUCUGGGGUUGAGUGUUUCGGAUCUGGAAGAGAGCCUGAGACACAAGACAAAGACGUUGCACCGCGAACGCGUCACCGUCAUGUUGGAUCCCAAAGGUGCUCGUGACAAUGCAGACGAGCUUGCAACAACCUUAUACUCCCUCCUCGUUGCUUAUAUCAUCGAAAGCAUCAACCAGAGGAUCUGUGCUGCUGAGGAUUCGGUAGCCAACACGGUGUCUAUCGUGGACUUCCCCGGCUUUGUAGAAACCCCUUCGACCAGUUCUGUCCUCGAUCAACUCCUAAACAAUGCAGCAAACGAAUCGCUCUACAACACUUGCCUGCACAGCUUCUUUGAGAAGACAGCAGAUAUGCUGGAGAGCGAGGAAGUCAGUGUACCAGCCACAAGUUAUUUCGAUAACUCUGACGCUGUACGCGGUCUUCUCAAACAUGGAAACGGUCUUUUGGCUAUUCUCGAUGACCAGACCCGCCGUGGUCGUACCGACAUCCAGUUUCUAGAAAGCAUUCGCAAACGCUUCGAAAAUAAAAACAAAGCUAUCAUGGUCAGCAGUGCCACCUCCACCAUGCCUGGAAGCAAUUUUGCUACAUCGAAUCUUGCGGCUUCCUUCACCGUGCGUCACUACGCCGGUGAGGUUGACUAUCCUGUGAACAAGUUGGUGGAGGAAAAUGGCGAUGUGGUGUCUGGAGACUUGAUGAACAUGAUGCGAUCCACGAAGAGUGAUUUUGUCGCCAGCUUAUUUGGUCAAGAGGCCUUGACUACCGUCAGCCACCCUGCCGAAAAGACCGCCAUUGUUCAGGCCCAGCUCAGCUCUAAACCCCUUCGAAUGCCCAGCGUUUCGAGAAAGAAGCAUGUGGAGCUCCGUAGGAUGGCUAGCCGACGUGCUGACCGAUCCAUUGUACCAGAAGAGGAGGAACCCAUGCCGGGCAAUGAUGAUCAAAGGGUCAGGCGCACCAAAGCCACCGCAAUGGGAUUGACCCAAGGUGCUGCAGCGCAAUUUUUGGCCUCAUUGGACAAUAUCACGAAAUCACUUACUGCGCCAAAUGUCAACAACUACUUUGUGUUCUGCCUGAAGCCCAACGACAGGAGAAUUGCCAAUCAGUUCGACAGCAAAUGUGUCAGACAGCAAAUCCAGAUAUAUGGAAUUGCCGAAAUCAGCCAGAGACUUCGAAUAGCCGACUUCAGCAUCUUCUUGCCCUUCGGCGAGUUCCUCGGCCUAACUGAUGUGGACACUGGCGUCAUUGGAAGUGAUGCUGAGAAAGCACAACUGGUUCUUGACAGUAAACAAUGGCCUGCGAAUGAAGCCAGAAUCGGCAAUACGGGUAUAUUCCUCAGUGAACGAUGUUGGGCUAGUAUCGCACUUACAGGCUCACAAAGCGCGGCCUAUUUUGGCGGCGAUGCUCCCUCACUGUCCCGGCCAGACACACCAGGCAUGAACCCUUUCAGUGACUCCAAAGCGAGAUUGAUUUCUGGCGAAGGUACCCCUCAAUCAUUCUUUGGCGAAGAAGGAAAAGGAGGAGGCUACAUCGGCUCACGAGAGCUCGAUUCCAAAUCUGACGCGGGUGCCUCAGCUUUCAACUCGGGUGAUAUGUUCCGCAACUUGGAAACCAAGGAGGAACUCGCAGAGAAAGCCAACAAGAAAAACAUGGAAGAAGUGGAUGUUGUUCCGGUCUCCAGAAGCCGCAAGAACUGGCUUGCGAUUGUCUACUUCUUGACAUGGUAUCUUCCGGACUUCUCCAUCAAAUGGGUCGGCGGAAUGAAACGCAAGGACGUCAGGACCGCCUGGAGAGAAAAGUUUGCGAUCAACCUUCUCAUCUGGCUCAGCUGCGGCUUUGUGAUCUUCUUCAUCGUCGUGUUUCCGGACCUCAUCUGUCCCAAACAACACGUCUACUCCGCUCAAGAACUAGCUUCUCACAAUGGAAAGGGGAAACACGGCUCAUAUGUGGCCAUUCGGGGAGUGGUUUUUGAUCUUGGUGCUUUCAUACCCAGUCAUUAUCCGAGCAUUGUGCCUUCAAAGUCGCUCGAGAAGUAUGCCGGUCUUGACGCCACUAAUCUUUUCCCCGUCCAGGUUUCUGCUCUUUGCCAAGGCAAGGAUGGAAGCAUCUCUUCUGCUGUCCAACUCGACUAUACCUCUACAAAUGUGUCUGGUUCUGCAAGCAUCACCAGCACGAAUGACCCUAACAGGCGGUAUCACGACUUCCGCGCCUUCACCAACGAUUCCCGGCCAGAUUGGUUUUUCGAGCAAAUGCAGAUGCUCAAAGCUAAUUACAAGAAAGGCAAUGUGGGCUAUACCCCCCAACACGUUAAGAAAUUGGCCUCGAAACAAGAAUCCAUUGCCAUUCUCAAUAGCAGGGUAUACGACUUCACGACCUACAAUCAAGGUGGACGGAGCGUCAGAGUCGCACCAGGCGACCAGGUUCCUAGCAACGUCGACACAGACUUCAUGGAUUCGCUCGUCGUCGAUCUCUUUACACAGAAAGCUGGCCACGAUGUCACCAAGUACUGGAAUGCCCUCCCACUCGAUUCCGGCAUGAGACAGCGGAUGCAAUUGUGCCUUGACAAUCUGUUCUUCGUCGGCGUUGUAGAUACUCGAAACUCUACGCAGUGUCUAUUUGCACGGUAUAUCCUCCUCGCCGUCUCGGUCUUCCUUUGCAGUGUGAUUGGUUUCAAGUUCUUUGCAGCACUGCAAUUUGGUGGGCGGAACGUCCCAGAAAACCUGGACAAGUUUGUGAUCUGCCAGGUUCCAGCUUACACCGAGGAUGAGGAGUCACUACGACGUGCUAUCGACUCUGCCGCGCGCAUGCGAUAUGACGACAAACGCAAACUGCUCGUUGUUGUCUGCGAUGGCAUGAUUAUCGGCCAAGGCAAUGACAGACCCACGCCUCGCAUUGUGCUGGAUAUUCUGGGCGUGUCGGAGACGGUCGACCCCGAGCCUCUCAGCUUUGAAUCUCUUGGUGAAGGCAUGAAACAACACAACAUGGGCAAAGUGUAUUCUGGACUGUACGAGGUUCAAGGGCACAUUGUUCCCUUCUUGGUUGUGGUCAAGGUUGGAAAGCCAUCAGAAGUCUCCAGACCAGGUAACAGAGGCAAGCGUGACUCCCAGAUGGUCAUUAUGCGAUUCCUCAACCGUGUCCACUACAAUCUGCCCAUGAGUCCUCUUGAGCUUGAGAUGCAUCACCAUAUCCGCAACAUUAUCGGUGUCAACCCCACAUUCUAUGAGUUCAUACUUCAAAUCGAUGCCGACACAGUUGUGGCACCGGAUUCCGCCACGCGCAUGGUUUCCGCCUUUUUGCGCGACACGAGACUGAUAGGUGUCUGCGGAGAAACAUCGCUGAGCAACGCCAAAUCGUCAUUCAUCACCAUGAUGCAGGUGUACGAGUACUACAUCUCGCACAAUUUGACCAAAGCCUUCGAAUCUCUCUUCGGGUCGGUGACGUGCUUGCCGGGGUGUUUCACAAUGUUUCGCAUUCGAGCCGCCGAGACAGGCAAGCCUCUUUUCGUCAGCAAGGAAAUCAUCAACGACUAUUCCGAGAUCCGCGUCGAUACUCUACACAUGAAGAACCUGCUCCAUCUGGGAGAAGACAGAUACUUGACCACGCUACUUAUGAAGCACCAUGCGAAGUACAAGACCAAAUACAUCUUCCAUGCGCACGCUUGGACUAUUGCGCCAGACAGCUGGGCAGUUUUCCUCUCCCAGAGACGUCGCUGGAUCAAUAGUACAAUUCACAACCUUAUCGAGCUGAUUCCGUUGCAACAACUCUGCGGUUUCUGCUGUUUCAGCAUGAGGUUCGUUGUGUUCCUGGACCUGUUGUCGACAAUCGUCGCGCCCGUCGUGGUCGCAUACAUUGCGUACCUGAUUGUCGAAGUUGCUACAUCGUCGAGCGUCCUCCCCACGACGGCGUUCAUCUUACUCGGUGCCAUUUACGGUCUCCAAGCCAUCAUCUUCAUCCUUCGCCGCAGAUGGGAAAUGAUUGGCUGGAUGAUUGUGUAUAUCCUUGCCAUGCCCGUCUUCUCAUUGGGCUUGCCACUGUACGCCUUCUGGCACAUGGACGACUUCAGCUGGGGCAAUACCCGUCUCGUCACGGGUGAGAAGGGCAAGCAGAUCCUCAUUUCGGACGAAGGCAAGUUUGACCCCGACUCCAUUCCCAGGAAGAAGUGGGAAGAGUACCAAGCGGAGCUUUGGGACGCUCAGACUCAACGAGACGACGCCAAAUCCGAGAUAUCAGGUUACAGUUACGGAACCAAGUCUUAUUACCCGGCUGGCUCGGUGUACGGUGGAGGCUAUGACACCCAACAUCUCAUGCCCACGUCAAGAUCCGUUUCUCAGCUGGACAUGCAUCAGUCAAUGUAUGGAGCCGGGUACAACCAGUCGCGCCUGUCACUGGCUCCCUCUGAGAUGCUCGGUGGGGCCGGGGUCCUGGCCAGCGGCCGAUCGGUCGCCGACAUGGAGAUGGCGGACUUGACAGGCCUGCCGACCGACGACAUGAUCCUGAAUGAGAUUCGAGAAAUCUUGAAGACGGCAGACCUCAUGACGGUGACCAAGAAGGGUAUCAAGCUGGAGCUGGAGCGCAGGUUCAACGUCAACCUGGACGUCAAGAGAGCGUACAUUGGAAGUGGUAAGUCCGAACGAACAUGGUCCCCCCCCCCCGAACAUUAUGAAUGGUAUACUGACUCUUUGCCCAGCCACGGAGGCCAUUCUCUCUGGCCAAUUGUGAUGAGCGAGCGGUUGUUGCAUCUGAUAGCGUUCUCGGUUAUGGUCUUGUUUUGUUCUUGGAUUAUCGUAGGCAACUAG